ACAGAACACAACAGGAAGAGCAGCAGAGCACCGAGUGACGAGACUAUCGGUAGCCGAUGAAUCGCCAUGUUAGGCGCUUGUUAGAAUUACACACGUCUACGGGGAAAGCAGCACCGGGAGAUCGCAUCCAGAAGCCGAAUUACAAAGCAACAAGAAAAUCUCAGCCGUGUACUGUACCCAUAGUCACACGCCAUGCCUCCAAAGUUCAAGAGGCACCUCAACGAUGAGGAGGUCACUGGGUCCAUAAAAAGUGAGAGAAGAAAUCUGUUGGAGGAAGACUCUGAUGAAGAGGAAGACUUCUUCUUGAGGGGACCUUCUGCACCUAAGUUUGGACCAAGGAAUGACAAGAUCAGACAUGUGCAGAACCAGGUGGACGAGGUCAUUGAUGUCAUGCAAGAAAAUAUCACCAAAGUGAUAGAACGAGGAGAGAGACUGGAUGAACUGCAAGAUAAGUCUGAAAGUUUAUCAGAUAACGCGACAGCAUUCAGCAGCAGAGCAAGACAUCUCAGGAGACAGAUGUGGUGGCGGGAAUGCAAGAUGAAAGCAAUUGUCGCGUUGGUCUUCAUUUUCAUCCUGCUAGUCAUUAUUGUUCCCAUUAUCCUGAAGUAUCGCUCCUAACUAUUUGGACAUGAGCCAUUCCACUCAGUCUCCAAAUUCUGGGAUCUCCUCACAGGAACUCUGUAUUACUUUUCUUAUAACACUUCAUCUUCUCCCUGUAAAGGGACCGAGUCAACAUUCCUCAUGGACAAUAAUUACUGAUAUGGGUUCCUGUAAAUGAGAAAGAAGAAGUUCUUUCCCGCAUUUCCUACUUAUUGUCUUUUGGUUGGUUCCUUAACACAUUGUGCACAAGCAAGAGGUAGCGUUGUUGGCGAUCCACGUGGAUCCACAUGUGCCAGGACGGAACAAUAUAUAUAUAUAGCAUGAAACCACAUGGAGCAGAUAUGUAAAUGUCUAGAUUUUCAACAAGGCUAAUGUUACUGGACACAAGAGUUUCCAACCAGUAGAUAACAAUACUCAUCCCUGAGCAGCCAUAACGGCCUUCUACCUGAAUAGUACAGCACAAUCCUAGGUUUUGCUCUGACUUCACAUUACUUCUUGGUUUUGUUUGCCAUUCCAGUUUUAUAUUAAAGGGGUUGUCGCCUGUCCAUAGGUAAGAGUUCUGAUCAGUGGGGGUCUGACCGCUGGGAAAUCCUCCACAAUCACAGGUUCCUGGAGUGAGUGGAGCAGUGGUCACACAUUUGAGCUGCUACCUCAUUCAACUCUAUGGGACUGCAUUGUGCAGUGCUCGGGCAUCUCUGGCAGCCCCAUUGAGGUGAAUGAAGUAUGGCCAUUCCAGAGACUCGUGGACCUGGUUUUCAUGAUUGGUGGGGGUGUCUGUGGUCAGAACCUCAUUGAUCAGAUGCUAAUCAAUGAAGUCAUAUAGUGGGACAACCUCUUUAAGGGCUAUUCACACCUUUGGGGGGCAUUGUUUGCAUUUUCCCCAUUUUGGGCUAAAAAUCCUUUUUUCCAUUAGUCGUUAUUAAAAAUGUUCAGUCAUUUCUGAGUACACGGGUUAAAAAUCAGUCUGUUUGCAAGCUGUUACUUUGUUUCCUUUGGAUCCUGUCAUAUGACGGCUCAUGUGUAGCUCUGAUCACUGAUCUCCUUGACUAAGAAUUGAGUUUUUAUGGGUUUAGGCAAUCAAAAGUAAGAUCUACACAUGAGCUGUCAGAUGAUGGGAUUAAAAGAAAACAAAGUGACAGAAUGCAAACAGACAGAUUUUUAACCCCUGUACCUUUGAAAUGGCUGAGCUUUUUUAAUAAAGACCAAGUGAAAAAAACGUAAUUUUAAUUUUUUUGUUUUUGUUUUUUGCCAGAAAAUUAGGAAAAUGCACUCGUACAAAAAGCCCCAAAGGUGUCCAUAGCUUUUAGGUCUAUUACUCUGUGGAUCUUUUAUUAGACGCAAUAUCUAAUUUUCACCGGCUAUAGGCAUUGCAGACAUUUUUAAACUACUGCAAAUUUGGCAAAAGAAGGCGCUCAUAGGGUAGUACGUUUUGGGUACCAGAUCUAGAGAGUAUGCAGUGUCAAUUGUUAUGCUCACUUUCUGGUGUUGUGCAUGCGUCAGUACAACACUCGCGAAGGGGGGGAGGGGGUGGGGUUGGUGCUGCCGGUAUCUUCUCAGUCCUUGGAGUUGCCAGUUCUCCAAAGGAGUGAGAUGGAAUGCUGUAAGAAGCUGUGUGCUGGGGUCGUACACAAUCUGAUACCUCUUGGCGCAAAACCACAACAUCAGAAAUAAAAACCUUUUUAUAAGACGUCAUUCACGGUUGUGGUUUUGCGCCCAGAGGUAUCCUAUUGUGUACAUCCCCAGCACACAGCUUCUUACAGCAUUUUUAAACUACUGUAACUAUCCAAUGAUUGUAUUUUAGCAACCCAUAUAAAGGGGUUGUUGAAGAUCAGAAAAACAUGGCUGCUUUCUUCCAGAAACAGCACCACAUCCGUCCAUGUGUUCUGUCUGAUUCUACUGCUCAGCUCCUUUGAAGUGAAUGGGGCAGCACUGCAGUGCCACACGCAACCCAUGGACAGGUGUGGUACAGUUUCUGGAAGCAAGCGGCCAUAUUUUUCCGUUCCUGGACCACCCUUUUAACAAAUAGAAGUGCAAAGGUGGAAAUCUAAAAGAUUUAUUGCUCAGAUUGUAUUUUUAUGAACGGAAGAAAUGUACAAUCCACGAUCAAUCAGUAGUAAUUCCUGUAAUAAGGUAGCAAUGCAGCUUUCUAAUCAUGGAAUGACUAUGUUGGACUUGCUGAUAAAAGCCAGUUUUAUUGUUACUUUGAGGAUUAGUUUUAGGACAGGGGAAGUUUUUAGUAUUCCUUCCACACUGGCUUGACAGCCUUUCUGUAUUCAGAAGUCCUUGAGUUUUAAAUGGCCAGAAUGAGGCCAAUAUUCAUAUUGUACAUAUACCAUUUAGGCUGAGUUCACAUCAGCGUUCAGCCUUUCAGUUCUCCUACUCCAAUAUGGGA